AUGGAGCCGUUUGGAACACGGCCUGCAGGUAUGCCUAGUGUAGGAGCUGCAGGGACUGCAAGGUUUACAAGGGCUCAUGUUGGCGCUCCAAAUGUUUCUCACCAGCCUCCUUCCGUACUUUUUGCGCAGGGACAGCCUCUAGCUGGGAGUUUGGGAUUGAAUUACUCGUUACCUGAUCCUCAUUGGCGACCGGAGCAUCAUACCACUACUCAAGCUCGCGGCAAGAGACUGCGUGUAGAGGACGCAUUAUCAUAUCUCGAGCAAGUUAAGCAGCAGUUUGUUCAAGCUCCAGAGGUUUAUGGCGAUUUCCUGGAUAUUAUGAAGGAAUUUAAAUCUCAAACAAUUGAUACUCCUGGUGUCAUAUGUCGUGUGUCACGACUUUUUCGCGGAAGGCCUAACUUGAUUAUAGGAUUUAAUACUUUCCUCCCUCCUGGAUUUGAAGUUAGGUUGGAUGGAACAAGGAUAAUUAUUUCGGAGCCGAAUGGACAAAGUCGUUGUAUCGAUGACGGAAGCCCCGAACGGCUAACGAGUUCUGUUGGUGAGGUGCCGUCAGAAAGGGUGCUAACUCCUGCAAGUGUUUCGAAUGUAGAUUUACUUGUAAGACGAGGGAUUGAGCAAGAGGGGAAACAACAGUUGGAAAAUGUUGCUACUCCUGUGUCGCUCUCCAUACUUGAGUUGCCCACAACAUCUCAUACUACGACAGAAAGUCCUGCUGUUGGAAUUGAAAAUGCUAUGCAGUCAGUUGCAAUUUUGUUUAAAAAUGAACCUGAUCUUUUAAGUGAAUUUUCCCGCUUUCUUCCUGAUGCUAGCUGUUUUGCGACAUGUGAACAACCACAACAGCAAUCCGAUUCUUCUGUUCUUAAGACAAAGCAACAAGUGGUAUGUAGUGAACGGAACACAAGGUAUAUGUCUCCACUUAUGGAUGCCGCAAGAACAAUGGCACCAGAAGGUCAAGGGAAUUCUGUUGGAGCGCAACCACCUACAACACAAAAACGAGCAGGUGGUCACAUGGCAUCUCAAGGCUCCGCUGCUAAGAGGGGCAAAACGGAGGGAGUUAAAGUUGUGGUACCUGAAAAUGAGGUGAGCGAAGGAUUAAAAUCGGGCUCUGUGGAGGAUUUUAUGUUUUUUGAUAAGGUUCGUAGACUAUUUACUGAUGACGGAACUUAUCAAGCGUUUUUACGCUGUCUAAUGCUUUAUAACCAAGAUAUCAUAUCUAGGACUGAACUCGUUGACCUUGUCACACCUUUGUUAGGGAGAAGGCCAGAUCUAAUGAAGAGCCUAAAGGACAUGUUGGGAAUGAACGAGACAGUACAAUCUAACCAACCAACUGAGAAAUCACAAGUAAAACCAGAAGAUCGUGACGGUAUCCCCUCGGGAGUCACUUACCAGAUAGACUUUGCCACAUGCAAGCGUCUAGGUGUUAGUUAUCGUUCCUUACCUGACUCAUUCCCACGCCCACUGUGCAGCGGUAGGACUCCUUUAUGUAACUCAGUAUUAAAUGACACUUGGGUUUCGUUCCCUUCAUGGUCUUCUGAAGACACUUCGUGUGUACAUUCCAAGAAGACGCAAUACGAAGAGUUCAUUUACAAGACAGAGGAUGAAAGAUUUGAGCUAGACAUUAUCAUAGAAGUGAAUAAAGCUGCCUUGGAAAACCUCAUAUUUUUGGAGAACAAGUUAAAAAAUAUGUCAAAGGCCGAACUGAGCAAGUUUCGCCUGGAUUCCUCCUUAAAUAGUUCUUCUCCGUCGCUGAUGUACCGCGCCUUGAAGAGGAUUUACGGUGAUCACGUUCACAAAAUGCUCGAAGGAGCUCAGAAGAACCCCACAUUGGUGAUUCCUCGUUUGAUCGAGCGGCUGCGUUUGAAAGACAGCGAGUGGCGGGAAGCUCAGGCUGGUUUUAAUCGUGUCUGGCGUGAACAGACGGAAAAGUACUAUGCGAAGAGCUUAGAUCAUCAAGCCUUAACGUUUAAGCAGAACGAUCUCAAGCUUUUACGUUCAAAGAUGAUUAUUCAUCAUUUCGAAACUCUUUAUGACGAACGGGAAACUAGGAUGGAGGAAGGAGGUGUUCCGGAGUCCGGCCCACAUUGUAUUCUUGAUUAUCCUCAGACUGAUACUUCAGUUUUUUACGAUGUUAAUGAUCUGAUCAUACACUAUGUUAAAAGACAACAAAGUAUCCAGAAGGAGGAAAAGAAACAAGCAAAACGUUUUUUGAAAAGACUCAUUCCUGAAUUUUUCAAUAUUCCAUCUCAGCCAAUGAGUGAUGAGGAAGACGAUGACGAAUCUCAUCUAUCUGCUGAUCUACCAAAUACUAGCCAAGAGGAGACAGUGUCGCCACCUAAAAAUCCGUCUGUUGUAUGUGAAUCGCAGAAGCUUCAAGAUGGGUGCAGCUCUGCGUCAUUCGAAUCUCACGAGCGACUAAAAAGUGGUUUGACAUACCGGUUGUUUUAUGGAGCAAACACAUGGUGUGUUUUUUUGCGGCUGCACCAAAUGCUUUGCGAUAGGUUUGCUCGUUUGAAAACGAAGAACGCCAAUAUGAUUAUGGAUUAUAAAAUUGAGGAAAAAACUCGUUCAAUUUCGAAUGCAAAUAAGCUUGACGACAACAAAGAUUCUGAACGUGGUAUACACUUGCUUAAAAAAAGUGCUCAGAAUCCAGAAAAUUUUUAUAGAGAUUUGAUAUGUUCAAUCAAAAAUCUUCUGGAUGGACAAGUUGAAGCGGCCGCUUUUGAAGAUUCUAUAAGAAGCAUGUUUGGAACUGAUGCAUAUAUAACGUUUACGAUGGAUAAAAUUAUUACCACUUUAGGAAGGCAGUUGCAGUGCAUGUUUACAGAAGAGCUUAAUAUGGGAACCCUCGAUUUGUACCAAAAAUAUCGCUUUGAGAAGCCGUUAAACUGUGUUUUGAAAACGAAGAAUGAAGCUGAAAUAGAGGAAGCAUAUGAGGCAGCAGCUCAGAAACUGUUGGCCAAUCAUAACUGCUUCAAAACGUUCUUCCUUCACGAUAGGCGGAAAGUCACUGUGGAAUUGAUUGAUACUGAGACUAUAGAUGAAGGAAACGGAGAGAGCGAAAGUAAUAGUAAGAAGUGGUCGCAGUAUAUCAGUUACUACCUGAAAUCAGUUGAAGAGGAGCCGUCGUCAUCUUUGAGUGCUGAAGAACAGCAACAGUUUUUGGAAAAUCUGUCAUCAAAUAGAGUUUUUCUAAUGAGGAAUGUACGGUCGGGCAUAGAGCAUAGCAAGAAAAAGGAGGAGGAGAUAAGGCGACGAGGUAAAUUACGUGGGAAGGGAAGAAACGAAAAAGACAAAGAUAACGGGACUUUUCACGUGAAAGAAGAUCUUCAUGUGCAGUUUUCUCCUGCAGGAAAUUAUCAAAUGCGAUUUGUAGAGGGUUCGGCAGAAAUAUUAAUACGCAGUCACGCUCCACGUCGGGGGGCUGCCAAGCAUAAGAUGGUCGUCGCCAGACGCAAGGAACGUUUUACUUCUUGGUUGGAAGAACGGCUUUGCGAAGAAAGCGGUGAAGCUGGAAUGCUGCGGAAUUGGCUUACAGAAGGAUCGAAAAUUAUUCCAGUUCGUCACAGAGACUUCCCAUACCUCACGUACAACAGAUUUGACUCAUGCUUGUCCAAGAUGGUGUGUUCCAUCUUACUUCGAGCUGAUGAUGAAUACUUCAUUACUGUCUAG